AUGCCUCUUUUCAUGACUUCACUGGAUGACGCGGACGAAGACAACGAGCAACUUCAGGCCCUUCGUGCUCUUGCAUAUGAAGGUACCAAGGCCGAAGUAGCGGAUAACUUCCGCACCCAAGGUAACGAGUGUGUCAAGACGAAACAGUGGCGUGACGCCCGAGAUUUCUAUUCGAAGGCUAUUCAGGCACUGAAAGCACCUGAGCCUGGAAAUGUACCUGCGGAUGUGCAGGUUGUGGAGAUUGAUGAAGAGAGUGAGCGCAAGAAAGAACGUGAGAUCGAAGAGGCUUGUUACAGCAACCGUAGCUUGUGCGAGCUGAAUCUUUCUAAUUAUGGCUCUUGUCAGAGAGACUGCGCCGCGGCUUUGCGGCUCAACCCAAGGAAUGUCAAGGCUUGGUAUCGCGCAGCCUCUGCUUGUCUCGCCCUCGAUAAGAUGCCUGAAGCGGAAGAUGCGUGCUCCAGAGGUCUUGCAGUCGAGCCUUCUAAUUGUGCUUUGCAAAGCUUGCUAGCUAAGAUCAACAAGCGUAGAGACCACCUUGCGGAGCUCGAGCAAACGCGACGAGAGCGCGAUGAGAGGAGUGCUCGAGACAAGGCCACGCUGCAACGUGCGCUCAAGCAACGCAACAUCCUCGUCCGGGAUACCAAGCAAGCGCCAGACAUGGAGGAUGCCGUCAUGGGCUUGCGCGACCGGGCAGAUGCGAAUAGCUCUCUUAGCUUUCCAACCGUUCUGUUGUAUCCUAUGCAGGCACAAAGUGACUUCAUCAAAGCGUUUCAAGAAGAUGAGAGUCUUGCGCAGCACUUGAAGUACAUCUUACCUCCACCGUGGGAUGAGGGGCACGAAUAUACUUCGCAGAGCGUAGAUUGUUAUAUGGAAACGGCCAGUGGCGGCUUGAUCAAGGCUGGAAAGAAUUUGAGUCUGCUGAAGCUGUUGGAAGGCGGUAAGGUUGAAGUGACCGAUGGCUUGGUCAAGGUCAACGUUGUACCUCGCAGUAAAGCCUCGCAGUGGAUAGAUGAUGUUAAGAAGCGGCGUGGCAAGACCUGA